UUCACAACUUCUUAGAUCCAAGGAAAGCUUAUGCCCAGAUUAUCACUGGCACUUCAAGUCUAUCCAACAACAAGAGCAAGAGAUCCUUCAUGGAUGUUGUGAGGAGAACUAGAAGCUCUUCGUCGCCAUCUUUCACCAGCAUCACCAAUUCCAGCAGCUCUCGCAUAUCAAGCUGCGAUCCUGGUGACUUUUCUUUCCUCGAUUACUCCCAGGUUUGCUGCCGCUCUCUCGAUUUGCUCUCGCCGGACCUCCCACCGCCUCUGGUGGAGGAUUCCUCACCGGUAAACUCCCAUGGCUACAAGGAAUACAGCUCAAUUGCUCCCAAGAGCUUGUACCAUCCUCUAGAGUUUAAUCAGAGCUUCCAGGCGCAACUAGAGCUCCAGCAAACUUUGAUGGGUGAUCCCUCGUUUGGCAAUUCCUCUCUUCUAACUCCACUUGAUGAUCACUCGCAAGAUCAAAGAAAUCCGGAAGAUUUCCAUGGACAAGAGCUUGCAUACUACUGCCAAGUCGAGCCUCUGGACGAGAAGUAUCUCAGCCUCAUGGAACAUCCGCCGCUCUACGUGAAUUACUUGACUGAUGCCAAUCGGAGAAUGCCGCCGCUCGGAUCUUCCCAGGCACUUGAUCAACCUGGGGCUCCGAGGAUCAUCUCAAACUCAAGCUCAAGCCCAACAAGGAAGAGAAGCGCGGAUGAUCAAAACACCACGAACGCUUUCUCCAAACGCGAAAAGAUAGAUUCAUCUCCGGCUUCUUCUUGUUGCACGACUGCUCUCAACACGAACUUAAAACCGAGAUCGAGGCAAGGGACUGCCAAUGAUCCGCAAAGCAUCGCCGCAAGGCAAAGACGUGAACGAAUAAGCCAGCGUUUGAAGAUCUUGCAAGACUUGGUUCCAAAUGGCUCCAAGGUAGACCUUGUAACCAUGCUUGAGAAAGCUAUAAAUUAUGUCAAAUUCAUGCAGCUCCAACUUCAGGAAUGCGGCAACUGCAGGAACCUCGCGGCCGCCCGGCGCCUCCACGCGCGCGUCGUCGACACCAGCGAUCACGCCCACAAUCGCUACAUCGCCAAUCUCCUCAUCCAGAUGUAUGGCAAAUGUGGCAGCCCUGGCGAGGCCCGCGGCGUCUUCGAUCGAAUCCCCCCGCACGCCCGCAACGAUUUUUCGUGGAACAUCAUCAUCGCGGCGUAUGCCCAAAAUGGGCAUCUGCGGGAAGCGCAGGAUGUCUUCGACUUGAUGCCCAGCCGCAAUCUCGUCUCGUGCAAUUCGAUGAUACAAGCGCUUUCAAAACAUGGGCACUUAGAUCAGGCGAAGAGAGUGUUUGAUGGAACGCCGCAGCACGACGUUGUCUCGUGGACAACGUUACUAUCAGCAUAUGCCCAAACUGGGCAUAUUUUGAUAACGAAGAACAUCUUCGACAAAAUGCCGGAAAAAAACAUCUUCACGUGGACGACGAUUGUGCAGUGCUAUGCGACAUCCGGAAAAGUUGACGAAGCCAAAGCCGCGUUUGAUCAAAUGCCGAUGUUGGAUGUUAUGACUUGGAACGCUUUGAUCUACGCAAAUGCCAAGAAGGGGGAUCUUUACUCCGUGAAGAACAUCUUUGUUUCUAUGCCGGAGUGGAGCGUCGUGUCGUGGACGUCGAUGAUCACCGCUCUGGGCGAGUCGGGGCUGAUCGUCGACGCUGUCUCAAUCUUUCUCUCGAUGGAGGAGAGGAAUCUCGUCUCGUGGAACGCGAUGCUCCACGCUUGCGCCAGGAACGGCGAUCUCGCCAUGGCGAGGGCGCUCUUCGAUCGAAUGCCCGAGCAUGACAUCGCGUGCUGGACCGCGCUGAUCCAGGCCUACGUCCAGAGCGCUCGUCCCGAGGACGCCAAGAUCGCGUUUGAUUCUAUGCCCGCCAGCGACAUCGCGGCGUGGAACUUGAUCCUCGCGGCGUACGCCCAUCGCGGGCGAGUCGAGGAGGCCGAGAGGAUCUUUGCUGCCAUGCCCGAGAGGAGCGUGGUCUCGUGGAACAACGUCCUCCAGGCGUGCGUCGCGCGGGGAGAUCUCGAGCGCGCGCGUGAGAUCUUCGCCGCGAUGCCCGAGAGGAAUGUGGUGUCGUGGACCGCGAUGAUCCAGGCGAGAGCACUGGCCGGGGAGAUGGAUCGCGCGAGGGAGCUGUUUGAUCGGAUGCUGGAGUGGGACGCGGUGGUGUGGAAUGUGAUGAUCGCGGGGUAUGCCGAGGCUGGCGAGAUCGAUCGCGCGAGGCAGAUGUUUGAGGAUCUUCCCGAGAAGAGCCAGGUCUCCUGGAACACGAUUAUUGGCGCGUACUCUCGAGUGGGCGAUCUGGAAUCCGCGAGGGGAUUGUUUGAGCGAUUGCCCAGCCGAUCGAUCGACGCUUGCAAUGUGAUGAUCACGGCCUACGCCGAGAGGGGCGAGCUGGAGGAAUCAAAAGCUCUGUUUGAUUCCAUGGAAGAGCUCAAUGCUGUGAGCUGGACAGCGAUGAUCACGGCCUACGCGCGCUUUGGGCACCAGGAUCUAGCCAGGAUCACGUUUGAGCGCAUGGCGGCGCAAAAAACAGCGAGUGGGUCACGCGAUUUCCUGGAUGAGAUCCCGGAGCAAGACGUGGUUUCAUGCAAUGCAAUGAUCAGCGCGUUUCUCCAGGGAAUGGAGCUGAUCCAAGCGAAGAUGCUGUUCGAUCGGAUGAGCCGGAGAGACGUGAUCUCGUGGAACGCCAUCGUCGCUGGAUUUGCCCGGAAUGGGCAUUUGCUCUACGCGAAGAGACUGUUCGAUGCAAUGCCGGAGAAGAACUUGGUUUCGUGGAGCUCUUUGCUCGCAGCGUACGCGCAACUCGGCAAUCACAGCGAUGGCGUCGCGUUCUACUCGCAGCUGCUCGCGAGCGGAGUAGAGCCCAACGAAAUCUGCGUUGUGAGCCUCCUCGCCGUGUGCGCGCACGCCGGGAACUUGGAGAAAGUGUUGAAACUCUUCGUACGGAUGACCCAGGAUCAUACGGAAGUGUCUGCCACCAAAGAACACUAUGCGAUCGCUGUGGACAUUCUUGGACGAGCUGGGCAGCUGGAGGUCGCGGAAGAGAUCGUGAAUUCCAUGCCUUUGGGGGGACCCGACGACACCGUGUGGGGAUCACUCCUCUCGGCCAGCCGGUUUCAUGUGAAAAAUCCCGGCUUUGGCGCACGCGCUGCGAAAGAAGUGAUGAAGAGCUCUCCGCGAGAUUCCUCGGCUUAUAUCCUGCUCGCUACUGCUCGCUCGAUAGCGCAAACUUAGAUCUUCUGGUCCGAUGAUCGAUGACAAGCGUUGGACACUCCCGUCAAACACUCCACUGCCAGGAAUUGGAUUGUUGAGUGUGACUUCCACUCACGCGCUCAAAGUGGACGCACCAUGAUGCAUUGCUGUGCUGCUACCACUGCGUAUAUCUUUCGUGGUGACAAUGCUGGAGUGGAGUGGAGUGGAGUGAGUGCUCGGAAAUCAUCGGUUUAUCCGGCAUGAAGUCCAUGAGCUUUUGCUUCGUCGUCGUCGUGUUUCUUGCGCUCGCGGAGAUCUCACGCUGCGAGUUGAGGCUGGGUUUUUAUGCCGACUCGUGCCCCGAGGCCGAGUCCGUCGUCCAGUUCACGGUGGCUCAGGCAGUCGCGACUAAUCCUGGAAUCGCUGCUGGGCUUCUACGUCUUCACUUCCACGAUUGCUUUGUCCGGGGAUGCGAUGGCUCGGUUCUCAUCGAUUCUA